GGUCAUGCGUUACAAAGAAAAACAAAAUUAUCAUGGAAAUUGAAAGUACUUUGGCUUGAUGAUUUUCUAAUGGUUUCUUAUUUCCCGCGGGGCAUGUCAUGCUGCUUCAUACGCAAGCAAAUACCAGCUCAUUGCCAUCAUCAUUUGCGACGUCCCUGUGUGGAACUUUCCCUGCUUACUGUUUCUGAAAGCCCAAGAAAUGCAGCUACCUUCCAUUUCAUUGCUUCUGGGUUAAUACUCGAUAGGUAGAAUUUUCUCUUUUAGAGAGAGCUGAACCUGUGAAUAUUUGGUCGGGGAGUGGGAGACUAGAGAUGCUGUUUGUUCAUAUCUUCAGCAAGUUUGGUCUUUUUUGGAGCCAGCAAAUGUGAGCAAAUUUUGCGGACAGUUUCAUUUUAACUGCAAAUUUGCUUUGCUUGACCACUUGGGUCUGUAACUCCGACAGAGAAAAUGAGCAGGAAAUCUGAGGACCUCUUGUUCAUUUUCUUGACAAUUUUCUUGUUUGGAACAUUUUUCUCGCACGUUGCCUCCGACCCGGUUGAGGAUAAACAAGCAUUGCUCGAUUUCCUUGGGAAUAUCUCGCACAUGCACCAUCUCAAUUGGAAUGAGAACUCUUCGGUAUGCACAAGCUGGACAGGAGUGUCCUGUAACAAAGAUCACUCCAGAGUCAUAGCGCUCAGAUUGCCAGAUGCUGGCUUACAAGGUCCAAUUCCACCAAACACUCUCAGUCGCCUAUCGACAAUUCAGAUUUUAAGCUUCAGAUUGAAUUCGAUAUCAGGUCCUUUUCCUUCUGAUUUCUCCAAGUUCUUAAACUUGACUUCUCUUUAUCUUCAACACAACAAGUUCUCCGGCCCCUUGCCUUCAGAUUUCUCAGUUUGGAAGAAUCUUACAAUCAUUGAUUUCUCAAACAAUGGCUUUAAUGGGAGAAUACCUUCUUCAAUUUCAAAUUUAACUCACCUCUUUGCAUUGAGUCUUGCUAACAACUCCUUUUCGGGUGAAAUUCCUGAUCCUGAUAUUCCUAGUUUGCAACACCUAAAUCUAGCCAACAAUAGGCUUGAUGGAAGUGUGCCCAAAACCCUUCAAAGAUUUCCAAGUUCUGCAUUCUCUGGUAACAAUCUUACGAUGGAAAAUGCUUUUCCGGUUCAAUCACCUAAUGCUCAACCAUCAAAGAAAGCAAGAAAACUUAGUAGACAAGCAAUAUUGGGAAUAGCAAUCGUCGGUAUUGUUCUGGUGUUUGUGGUUAUUGCCGUUAUAUUGAUGUUGUGCUCCUCAAAAAGAGAGGUAAGUGAGGUUCCAAAGAAGCGAAAAAAGAAGGAAGCCUCUCUAAAGAAAGUGGUUUCUGAGAGACGAGACAAUGAUGAGAAGCUUGUCUUCUUUGAAGGAAAUAAUCUUGCAUUUGAUUUGGAGGACUUGUUGAGGUCAUCUGCUGAGGUGCUUGGCAAGGGAUCAUUUGGAACAACAUAUAAGGCGGCUCUGGAGGAUGGGAAUACUGUCGUGGUGAAGAGGCUUAAAGAAGUAUGUGUGGGAAAACGUGAGUUUGUGCUUCAAAUGGAGGUGAUUGGUAGUAUUAGGCACGAAAAUGUCAGCGAGCUUAGGGCAUAUUACUAUUCAAAGGAUGAGCAGCUUGUGGUGUAUGAUUACCAUCAUCAAGGAAGUGUGUCUGCAAUGUUACAUGGAAAAAGAGGAGAGGAGGGCCGGUCUACAAUAGACUGGGAGACUCGGCUAAGAAUUGCUAUAGGUGCAGCAACAGGCAUUGCUCAUAUCCACAGACAAGAUGGUGGGAACAAACUUGUCCAUGGAAAUAUAAAAGCCUCUAACACUUUUCUCAACUCCCGAGGUUAUGGUUGUGUGUCUGAUGUUGGUUUAGCAGCAUUGAUGAGCUCAAUGUCCCCACCAAUGAGGGCUGCAGGAUAUCGAGCUCCUGAAGUAACAGACACCCGGAAAGCAUCCCAUGCAUCUGAUGUCUUCAGUUUUGGUGUGUUGUUGCUUGAGCUUCUUACUGGAAAGUCACCUGUACACAACACAGGUGGUCAAGAGGUCGUUCACUUAGUCAGGUGGGUGAAUUCUGUGGUUAGGGAGGAAUGGACAGCAGAAGUGUUUGAUGUAGAACUCUUGAGGUAUCCCAAUAUAGAGGAGGAAAUGGUAGAGAUGUUACAAAUAGGGUUGGCUUGUGUUGUGAGAAUGCCAGAGGAGCGACCAAAAAUGCAGGAUGUAGUGAAAUUGAUGGAAGAAAUUCGCGGAGUGAAUACAGGUAAGCGGCCAUCAGCUGAGCUAGAGCCAGAAAUAUCAACCCCAUCGCCAAUUAUAGCUGAGAUUGGAUCCUCCUCUGUCAUGGGAUCCUCAUUGGCUACACCAUGAGAUUCUUUUGUGCUAGUUAUUAAUUCAGUUCUAUCUUUUCCAUUUCAGUUUCAGAAUUGGUUAGAAAAAGAAAUGGCCAAAAUCAAUUGAUAUUUGUGUGACUUAAAUCCUAUGAAAGACUUGAUGUUAGGAUUUAUUGUAGCUAAAUUAUCCAGCGUAGCUUAAUGUUUGGCAUACUUGCUUGGCUAUUGUAUUUUUCUUGAAUAGAACUGAAGUAUAUUUGU